AUGGCCACCGUUAAGAACAUCGUUUUCGCCCUUUUCCUCGCUGCCGACUUCGCAGCUGCUCACAGUGUCAUCACCAACGCCGUUGGCGAUGCUGGUGGCUCUGGCAUGGCUCUCGGUGUUGACACCUCCACUCCUCGUGAUGGCACCCGCCGCCGUCCUUUCCAGACCGACGCUACUCGCUUCCGUGGCGAUGCCGCUGACACUGUUGGCGAGACUCUCGCUGGUGGAGACAACAAUGUCGAGCAGGGUACUCUCGACAUCAUGGAGGAGACCGGUGACCAACUUCCUCAAGUCAACCCUGGUGGUAGCCUUGAGAUGACUGUCCACCAAGUCAACUCUGAUGGUGCUGGCCCCUACACUUGCAUGAUAAACUCCGAUGGCACUGGUAACUCAUGGGACAACAUUCCUGUCACAACCAACGUUGAGGGUAACGACCGUGGCCGAAACCGUGAUGGUGAGAUGGGCGAUUUCCCUCUCGUGGCAUCGAUCCCUGCUGGACAGACUUGCACUGGUACAGUUGCUGGCGAGGACAAUGUUUGUCUCGUGCGAUGCCAAAACCCAGCCCGUGCUGGUCCCUUUGGAGGUGUCAUCCCCGUUCAGAUGGCUCAGACAAACGGCACUGGUGAUGCCACUGGCGACGCCACUACUGGUGAUGAUACCACUGGCAACAACAACGCUGGUAACAACGCCGGUAACAACAACGCCGGUAACAAUGCUGGAAACAAUGCCGGAAACAACGCUGGCAACAACGCCGGUAACAAUGCUGGCGACAACGCCGACAACACUGACAACGUUGACGACGAAGGCGCCGCUCAAGAUGAGGAUGAGACUGAGGCUGUCACUGGUAACAACAACAACAACCGCAACACCCGCCGCGCCACCCGCUUCUUCGCAUAA